AUGUCUAUCAUAAAUGUUGACGAUGAGUUUUCUUCCUACGAAGAAGUGGAGCAAAAAAUCCAGGAACUGCAGGAGACAGAGAAGUUUAAACUGUGGAAGCGAGACAGUCGAACAAUCGCUGCAGCGAUUAAACGAAUGCCGAAGCGGUUGCUUUACUGUUGUGUAUACGGUGGCCGAGAAAAGAAGGAUGAGUUACGAUCCAUGCGGCAAAGGUGCCCUUAUCAGAUCAAGUUUCGCUGCACUCAGGAUGGGCAGAGACUGCGAGUUGUGUCCAUAACUGAUCAACAUAACCAUAGUCCUGUUGAUUUCCCAGACGUGGAGAUGGAUCGGGUAGAAGAGGCAACAUCGCCAUCACCACCACCAAGUGACAGUGAGGAAGAACAGGCCUCCACCGACAUCAAGAGUGAUGACAGUUUGGACAGUUCCCUCGGGCAGCAGCUGGUCAGGCUACCGGACUUCUCACCUGAUGUCAUGACAGGAAGCAAGAAAUCCUUUAACGGCUCAUUCAAACAGCCUAAGUUGAGGGUGAUCUUGGACGUGGACACAGGCAUAGAUGAUUCGCACGCAAUCAUGAUGGCCCUGGCACACCCUAACGUCGAGGUUUUGGCAAUCACCUGCGCCAACGGCAAUGUCAACGUGGAUUUGGUGUGUGCAAACACGUUGCGGGUGUUGAAGGCUUGCGGCCGAGAAGAUAUUCCAGUGUACAGAGGAGCGGAGUGCUCACUUCUCGGCAAUACCUCACAGUUUGAAAACUUCAGUGGGGAAGCCUGGAAUGUUCCUGUGGAUAUCUCGGCCAUACAGCCAGAACAUGCAGCCAACGCCAUGAUCAGAAUUAUUACCAACAACCCAGGGGAAGUAACGCUUGUAGCCCUCGCCCCGUUGACGAACUUGGCAUUAGCAAUGAGACUGGACUCCACCGUCGGCAGGAAGAUCAAAGAUCUAUACAUCAUGGGAGGAAACAUUGAAGCGCGUGGUAGAGUCAGCACCUGUGCCGAGUUCAACUUCUACAAUGACCCGGAGGCAGCCCAGGUGGUCCUAAAGGAGUUCAUCAACAUCACCAUCCUGCCCUACGAGGUGUGCCGCAGGUUCCUCUUGUCUUGGGAUUUCUUUGACUUGUGGAUCAACGCUGGCACCCACGUGUCCGACUUUGUCAAGAGAUCCGUUUUGGAAUCAGCUAAACCCGCCAGAGUUGGCGGCCGGCAAGGCUACCGCUCCUGUGACGGCUACUGCAUGGCACUGGUCAUUGAUCGGUCAGUUGUCCUGAGUGCCGAACCUGUUUACUGUACAGUGGAACUGUCCGGGCAGUUAACCCGGGGCCAGAUGGUGGUGGACUGGGAUGGGCUGCUGCAACAGCCGUGCAAUACCUUGGUGGUCAAGGAACUGGACAUUGAGAAGAUUAAGCUGCUCUUUAUGCUGAUGGUCAAGCCGGUCGGGACACUUCAGUCGGUCAGUCAGAUUCCAGGUGCUUGUAAAACUCACGAAAAUGAUAGCAAUAACAACAGAUAA